UUAGCUGAUCGGUGGGUGAAGGGAGUGUAUGGUUGCUUUAAAGAAACCACAUUUCCCAUAAUGCUGCAGUACCCCGCCUCUUCCGUUUGUGACACGCUAUUUCAUCCUUUUCCGUCGUGCGUAUCCAGCUGUGGCGGGAAAGUCUUUUCGCGUGCUCCGAGUCUAGCCUUAGUUUGUCUUUAAAAACAGUUUUAAUAAGCGUCUCCAAGGCAGCCCAGCAGUGGAGCGACAACCGUCCUUUUCCUUUGUGACGACACCGUUGUUUUUUCUGUUGUCGCGGGAAAUUCCACGCACAAACUUUGAAUCAGGCUACUAACACCAUGGCAGCGCAACAGAACGGUUCUGUCCACGCGAAUGGAGUCGCUAACGGCCCGGCGAGUCCUAAGCGGCCUGAACCGGAAGGAGAGCAGUUCAGUUUCAGCGCAGAGCCAAGUUUGGAGCACAUCAGGCGGCUGCAGGCUGAGUUCACGGCCGAGCGUGACUGGAGCCAGUUCCACCAGCCCAGGAACCUGCUGCUGGCUCUGGUGGGAGAGGUAGGGGAGCUGGCUGAACUGUUCCAGUGGCGAGGGGAGGUGGCUGAGGGCCUGCCAGACUGGAGCGACCCAGACCGUGAGAAGGUCUCCCAGGAGCUCAGCGAUGUGUGCAUUUAUCUGGUGGAACUGGCAGAGAAGUGCAGGGUUGACCUGCCUCAGGCUGUGCUGCAGAAGAUGGAGCUCAACCGGAGAAAAUACCCAGCCAGCAAAGUGCACGGAUCGGCUAAGAAGUAUACAGAGUACACGGACUGAGUGUGCUACAUGCACCCUCACCUAGCUACAAAGAGCUGCUGCUAGAUGCCAGAGAUUUUCCCACCACCAACACUGGGUUAUUUUAGUAGUCGAACUUUGUAUGUUGUUAGUUUUACUCAGUUUGUUGUCGACAGACCUUGAGUGUGUUUCCACUUUCCAAAGCGACUUCUUUUAAUAAUCGAAACCUUAAGCACUCUUACUUUUAUCCACAUUUUAUGGACCUGAAUACGAGUUUUAUGUCUUUGCACUUGUGGACUAGUUAAGCCACAACACUGUGCUUUUUUAUCCCCAGGAAUGCCAGUUGUACCCACUUUGGACAUGCAAAACUAAGAUUAGAGCUUAUUUUUUUUCUCUUGGUGUUCUGCUUCACUUGAAAUGCCACUUGCAUGACGAUCUGUUUAAAAUGACCAGAGUUUACUGUUCAUAUAUGUGAGUAAGAGCCACAGGGUUCAUUAUCAUGUUCUCUGCUGUAUGUGAAUUGGAGAAAAUUGAUCUUACCCUUUUGGUGCGUUUUGCCAGCACAAAGUUUACCCUUGGGUUACUAAAACCACAGUUAGGGCAACAUGUUUUCUACCAAUAAACUGUUGUGGUUCUUCACAGUGCACUU